CCAUGGACUGUGCCACGGCUGCCGACGUGAGCAAUGUGCAGACACUACUUGACGGGAGUGUGAGUGAAGCACAUGCCAACAUCCCUGCACUGCCGCUUGCUGCGCUACGUGCCUUUCUCGGCGCCGUCAUGCAGUACCCGGCCCACGCAGGAGCUGCCGCCGAUGAUGGCAACACCGCCGCAGAUGCCGCUCUGCGUGCCUGGCUCGAGCCGUCCGGUGCCUUUGUCUUCUUUGACGCCGCUGCAACUGUGUGCUGGCCCGAUGCCACCCCUGGUGCGCUCUGGCUCGCGCCCGUGGCCUUUGCCGAGGCGGUCACGGCAGGUCAGCCCGCAGCGCAGGCGCCCGCCGCCACCGCCGCCGCCACCGAUCUCGAUCUCGACCUUGUCCAGGCCGAGCGCAACCAGUACUCGAUUGGUGCCAUCUCCUCUUGCACUAUUAUGGCCAUGGAGGCUGCACUGCAGCUUCUCCGCGGCGAGAGCCCGACUAUCGACCUUGUCGACGCCAUUCUCGACCUCGGCGCCGCCUACACCUCGCCCAUGCAGCUCUCGGCCGACGAGGUCGUCUCCCAGGUCGAUCGCUACAGCUGCAGUCUGGUGAUGGGUCGUAUGGCCGGUCUCAUGGCUCACACCGUCGCCGAGGCCAUGCCCAUGCUCGAGGCUGCCGCAACCGCCGGCCCGGCCGCCGCCGUCAUCACCAAAGCGCCCGAGUCCGUCAUGCUCGCCUACCUCCCGGCCACCGACGUCUCGCCUCUCCCACUCUGGCUCCUCUUUGACUCGCAUGCUCGCCCCACGCACCCCGGUGCAGCCUUUCUUUCCACCACCUCGGCGCCUGCCAUGCGUGCCUACCUUGGUUCGCUAUUCCCCACCGUCGACCUCGGCGACGACCUCGGCAUCCAGGGCGCCAUGCUCAACAUGGCCGACGUCACCCUCUUUAGCCUCGCUGCAGAAUGCCCGGAAGAGCUUCCGUCCAUCGGCGUCUCGUCACUCGCCGCCGCGCGCGAGGCCGAGCACGCCUCCCAUCACGCCCCGCCCUCUGCCGCUCCUGCUGCCGACUUUGCCGUCGACGCCCUCGAUCCGAGCGACCAGGUCUUGCUCUUCCAGUAUCUUGAGACCCAGAAUCUGCCUCCUGACACCGGCUUUUACACCCAUGAUGAGCUCGCCCGCCACUACGCCAACGCCAAGGCCUGGUUCGGAUGAUCGCCUGCU